UCAGUGGUUAUCCUUGCAAAUUCAGACAGCACGGUCUGUACAAGCAAUAGUGCAAUUUUGCAUUACCCGGCGGUUGUUACAGCUAAUUUAUUGUGAUAGUUUACAGUGCAAUUUUAGAAAUAGGAUGGCAACUUUCUGUAUUGGAGGCAACCCCCUUAAUUUACCACGUUUGAAGAAAUUCGAGGAGGGCACCAAUGCACGAGUACCUCUACAGUGUGUUACGAAUGGCAAUGGCCACUCCAGCCAGAAUAUUGUUACGGAAAAGAAAAAUAAGGUGGAUUUGGAAAAUGGCUGUUCGGGGCAUAAUCUCCCUGUAGAGUGUAUCAGUCUUUUAGAAGAUCCGCCUGCACUACAGCCUUUAGAAGUAACAGAACCAACUGCCGAGGAGCUUUCUUUACUGCAAGAUUAUGGCCGGGAUAAUCUGGAUUAUUUGUUUUAUCGUGAAAAACGAGUCGCAUGGCCGAAACCGGACUACAUGUCCAAGCAGCCAUUCAUAACGAAGCAGAUGCGAACUAUCUUAAUUGGCUGGCUGAUUGAUGUUUCAGUCGAGUAUGAGCUUGACGAACAAAUUGUAUUUGUAGCUGUAAAUUUAAUCGAUCGUUUCCUUUGCGUUAUGUCUGUUGUGCGUGAAAAAUUUCAACUUGUCGGCGCAGCUGCGCUGAUGCUCGCUGUUAAGCUAGAGACGAGCGUUAAAAUAUCGCCUCAAAACUGGGCCACGCUUACGGGGGAUGGUUUUACCGCUCGGCAAAUGAUCAAAAUGGAAAAAUUAAUUAUGAGCGUUUUAAACUUUGAUCUGAGAUCACCAACUGUUAUUUGCUUCAUCCAACAAAUUUGCACUAAGUUCAAAUUUCCAAAUGACCACUCCGCCAUAUCAAUGUACAUCGUGGAGUUGGCAGUUUUAGAUGACGGUAACUACAUGGAUUGUCUCCCAUCAAAACUAGCUGUCGCAGCAAUCUUAUUGGUUCUGUUCAUGAUGAAAGGAAGCGAAACGAUUUCUUCCAAAUUCGUGCAUUGGUGGUGCGGAUACGGUUUUGAAGAAAUCAAACCUUUAAUGACCAAGUUGUAUUACACCCUUCGCAAUUGUCGAAGUGACAAAUUUCAAUCUAUCGAAAAGAAGUAUGACGACAGUACUUUAGAUUUUAUUGCCAGCAUUACUCCCAAGAAUUUGAAUUUUCUUUGUGUGGAGUAAAAUGUGUUUAAUAUUUAAACAUAUUUUUAAACCCGGUAGCAUAAUAGAUGUAUUGAUAAGUGUACAUUUUUGUAUAGGUUAGGUGCUCCCAAUGAAACUAAGAGUAUUGUAAAACCAGUGUUUUUGUGAUUUUCUGAAAGAAAUAUUUUAUUGAUGUAUGACAUAUUUAUGUUCUUAACUUAAUAUAAAUUAUUGGAAUGGCAUUUGUAUAGUUUACGUUUAUACUACCCAAACUUUCAAGCUAUUAUACACUACAAAAUUGGCAUCCGAGGUGCCAGUGCGCACGUGGAUCGAAUCUUUAAAUUACCGUGCGGUGAAAAU